AUGCCCGCAGAGUUGACUGGAUACAGCUUUCGCGCCACCACGGGGGAGUUCCUUCCCGCCAAAGGCCGUCGGCAAAGCAACGCAGGGGCUGGUUACAGAACAGGCCUACACAGCUCAUUGCCUGGCGAGGAUGGUCACCCGCUGCGACCCAGCGGAGACCGACCCAGUACCCGUGAAACGGUGGCAGCUUUACGCGCUGAAGGUUUGAAUGUGGCGGAGCAGCAAAGCCGGCGCUUGGCGAAGCUAACGCCCGUGGACUCCCUGGAGGACAUCCGUGGAGUGCGAAGGACCCCAGCACUGCCCAAAAACAACUCGCUGCCCAACUUGCGCAAGCAUGAUACGGAGGCUGCAAGAGUCUACGACCAAGAAGUGGAUCGCUGGCUAAGACGUUUGAUGGUGGAUGUGAACAUCUCACACAAGUCUUUGCCAGAAAGCUCUGCGCAAAGCCAAAUUUGCACUCAUUUGGACAAAGUGCACGGCUGGUUUGACCGGAGCAAGAGGGUGGCCACAGAUCUCAAGGAGAGCGCCGGUGAGAAGUCGCCAUUUGGCCCCUCUCAGAAGCAGGCCGGUAUCUAUCUUCCAAGCGGAAGCCCGGCGCCGCCGGGGUCCUUGCACUGGGAGAGACCAGAGAAACCGAUCAAACUUUCAAAGAGCGAUGCUGCAUCCACAAACAUUUCGGAUGUGACCACAGAUCCCGGAGACAUCACUGACAGCGAGGGGAUGGCCGAACCGUUGGACAUCGCCUGUCCUUGA